GAAAUUAGAAACGCGUGGGAAAAUUGUGAGAUGGCGUGGCAUUGUUGGGUUUGAAAUAAAAGUCCCUCCACUUCUCCAACCUUAUUUGAAUUUGAAAACACACCCACGUUGUUGCCCUCCAAAAAAACAAUGACUUAAUAAUAAUAAACUCUGAAACACUAAUUAGUAAUUGAAUCACCUACUACUGAGAGACAACCUUCGGCGUUUGCAAAUUGCAAAGCGCGCUCUCCCUCUCCAAUUCAAAUCCAAAUCCAAAUUAACACUACUUUUACUACUAAUCAAAUCCCCAAAAACAAAGAUUAUCUCAGCCCUAGCCCACCAGAUCAACCAAGUUUCAAUCUUUAUCUCCGCAUACAACAAUAACAAAGAUUCAUUUUUGUUCUUGACCCAUUUGAUAUUUUCUCAUAUUUUUGUCAAUUCUGAAGUCCACAAGCCAGAUUUGUUUGUUUUGAUAAAAGGGUGUGAGUGCCAAAAGUAUUGUGUUUGAAAUGAAAACGAAGGAUCAUGGGGAGCGCUCUUUAUUGAUACCCAGAUCGGAUUCAAAGAUUGUGAGUGAGAAGCGGGGCAGUGCUGGAUUCGAAGAAAAAUGUGAUCUUUCUCGUAAGCGGGUUAAAAUGCGAGAUCUUGAAUCAGUGUGUAGGUCUGAAGGAAUCAAUGUCCAUUUUCAAAAAUCAUUGAAAAACAAAGAGUUUGGUGAUCAGUCUCCAUUUGGUGAAGAAGAGAUGUCCCAAGUUACCGAGGUGCCUAUAACAUCUGACUUGGAUGCUUCUCAAGCUGAGAAAACUGGAAAUAACUUAUUUCCAAUAGCAGCCAAUCUUGCCCAUGGACCACUAGAUCUCAAUGCUGAAGCUUGUGCUGCCAAACAUUCUGUCUUCAAUGAUUCUCAGAAAUGCGCUGAGAAUUCUGGCAAACUAUCUUUGCUUCAGAACCAUGGGAGAGAAAAUAACAAUAUUUGUGUAACCUCCAGAGGCAUUAGCUUGGAUCUUAAUGCAGAAGAUGUCUCUAGCUCUGUGAACCAGGACACAUCUUAUCCUUUCAAAAUUCAUGAACAUUCAAAGUCAAGAGAUGUCUCUGAGUGUGGGAGUACCGUGGAGGGAGAUGAAGAUCCACUACGGCGUUGGAGGGAGAUGAAGCAAAAUGGUUUUCUCUCAUCUUCUCAUGGAGGCAUACCAAUGCCAAAGCAACGGACAAGGAAAAGCAAAAGUGAUGUGAUCAAGAAAAAGAUGGAGCUUGCAAAGAGAGAACAAGUGGAUCGGUUCACUAAGAUUGCUGCUCCUAGUGGAUUGCUCAAUGGAUUGAACCCUGGGAUUAUAAACCAUGUGAGAAACAAAAAACAGGUCCACUCCAUUAUUGAGGCCCUUGUGAGGUCUGAAAAACUCGAAAAUGGCAAGGUUGGAAGCAAACAUGCAGCUCAGCUAAAUAGUGAAAGUACAGAAGCUGCCAACAGAAAGGACCUGGAAAAUGUGGAUGAUUCAGGAACACAAGAAGUCAGCUUUUCUCAUGAUGAUGGAUCAUUAUGUUCUUUGUCCGGGAUCAGGCAUACAAGAGGAUAUCCUGUAGCAAUGAGUAAAUCAGGCACAGGUGGACAUUGUGAUCCAAGUAUGGUAGAGAGGAUUUGUGGUAAAACUUGUGACUCGGACUCCACCCUUGUCAGUCAAGACUACAUGCUAGAGCUGAAGUUAUCAUCAUCAAAUCAGGCAUCCGAGAAUGCUGGCCCUUUGCCUAAUGAGGAAUCAGCAGCAAACUUUGCCAGCUCUAUAAAGGCUGCUGAUGUUGCUUCUCAAUGGUUGGAACUUCUUCAUCAAGAUAUUAAAGGACGCCUUUCAGCAUUGCGGCGUAGUAAGAAGAGAGUUCGAGCUGUAAUUACUACAGAGUUGCCUUUCCUGAUGUCAAAAGAAUUCUCAUUUAAUCAGGAGAAUGAGAACUCUACUGAUAAAUUUUCUAAUAGUGCAAGUGCUGACAUGCAUCAUGCAAGAUGGAGCACAAUGUUUGAUCAGAUGGAGAAAGCGCUUACUGAAGAAGAGAAACAACUUGAAAGUUGGUUGAACCAAGUAAAAGAAAUGCAGCUGCAUUGUGAUCAAGGCCUGCAACAUGUCCACUGGAAUGUGCCUUUUGGUUUGAAACUGCUCGGAGCAUCAGAAAUUGACCCCAGAUCAAGAAAAGUGGAUAGCUCAGAAAGGGAACUAGCUGUUAUGGCUGCUGCAGCUUCCAUUUACUCGACAUCCAAUUUUUUAUUGUCAGAGAAUGUAUGCUGUUUCUGAUUUUAACUACAGUCUUUUCCCCUGUCUAGUUAUAUUGACUCUUCUCCAUGAUACUAGGCCUUGAUAAACCUCCAUGUGCAUUAAACAGCUAAUUAGUAGGUCUUUGAGAUUGAUAAGCCUCUUCUGAGUUGUUGAGCUGUGUAAGACUAGAAGAGAUUUUUUUUUUUUUUUUUUUUUUAACUUGAUAUCCUUUGGCAAUGUCUGGUAGUUGUAACUCUUAACUGAAUGAAUUAAAAUUUUUUGUGGGAAUAUUUUUUUUUCAUUGUUUUUCUGGAUAGAGAACAACUGUUGGUGAAUUUCAGAUUUCUAAUGCACUUCCUCUUGGCAAUA